CAAACAUAUUUAAAAAGAGAGUCAUAGUAACAGUCCAUCACUGAACAAAAUAUCAAAGAUCACAGUAGAGAUCAUUUAUAUCCAUUUAUAUACAAAUGCAUUACCAUGGGUUGGCCAGCAGAUGUCACAAUUUAAUUGAAUCAAAAGCUUUAAAACAAGUAGAUUCAGGGUGGUCCAGUGCCUCAGAAAGAUACACAAUGGAAACAGACUGUGCAAACUAGAAGAAACAAAGUGGUUCUGUUGGGCUCAUGUUGGAGGUGUAUGGUACAUUUGUCUUGUCUUGUGUAUUAUUUGGUUUAUACAUUUGACCCUGGAAGUUUGACCUCUUGUCAUUUAGAAUCCUAAUAUGUUUUAGUGUUUUGCAGCUUGUCCAUGUAAUACAGCUAUUUAGAUAGGUUGGCAGUCUUUGUAUGUCUGAAAUUUGCUGUUUUCUUUGACCUUGUCUAUUUAAAUUUACUCCUCUUCCAGGUCUACAGCAUCUCCUGAGGAACGGUUACAUUUUUAUCAUAGCUUUUUUGACAAUAUUUUCUUUUAGAUAGAUCAUUUAUCCCUAUAAAACCCUGAACCACCUCUAAAACUAUUCCUGAAUCCCAUAUAGGAGUCAUUGGUUAGAGUUAGACCCUUUAAUAUUCUCAUGUUGGAAUAUUUAUUUACCUCUGUACUCCUUCGAGGCUAUUUAAUUAUCAAAAUGAACACACAAUUGAAUUUAUAUUCUGUUGAACUGCAGGAUACAAAUAUAUAUUAUUCACUUCACUUCACACACACACACACACACAAACAAAAAAACAGUAUGGUGCCAAGUAAUCUACCCCUUUAAUGACUAACAGAUAGAUGCAGAGGAAUAGACUAUUAUCGGCAUUAACAAACAAAAAUGAAUCAAUGCAUAUGAACAAUAAAUCAUUAAACCAGCUCUGUCACCGCUCCUCUAUCUUUCUGCUUUCUCAUUUGUAACCACCCACUUGAACCGGAACCUUUUCUCGGGAUUUGCAGCCCUCCCUGUCGGUUUAUCGCCCUGACAGCCAGCCACAACACCAAUCCUCAUAUCACUGUGCGCCCGUCGCCGCCGCUCAUCUCUGCCGGGAGCAGGAGGCGUCCUGCUUUAUGAUGCCUGGGAUAGCCGUGGCAGGACGGUCCGGUACAUUCAUCGACUGCUACCGGUAGAAGUGACAUUUUCAUCCUCGGUGACAGCCUCUCCGUGGACACCGGCGAUUGACAGGAUCCAUGGGCGCCGCUACGGAUGCACCCUUCGCGCACUGGUGAUCUAUGGUGACCGGCUCGGUGGGCUUGGUGACCCGUCGUUUCAAGCUCCUAUUCAGCGCAAAGGACUGACAACACACAGCCGGUCUCCAGGGUCGAUCAGGGGGGAAGAUGGGGAGCACGACCUCUUGCUGCGUGUCUGCCAGCCCCAAGCUCCGCAGAAAUGCCCACUCCAGGCUGGAGUCGUACCACCAGGAGUCGGAGCUGAGCAGGGAGGAGACGGGAUGCAACCUGCAGCACAUCAGCGACAGGGAGAACGUCGACGAGCUGAACAUGGAGUACAAUCCAUCGGACCAUCCGCGGGCCAGCACCAUAUUCCUCAGCAAAUCCCAGAAUGAUGUGCCUUACAGGAAUGUGCAAGAAAAACGAAAGAGCCUCUUCAUCAAUAAUCAUGGAACGUUUAGGCGGAAAUACAGCUCCUGCUCCACCAUCUUCCUAGACGACAACACAGUCAGCCAGCCCAACCUCAAAUACACCAUCAAAUGUGUAGCACUGGCAAUUUACUACCAUAUAAAAAACAGGGACUCAGAUGGAGGAAUGCUGCUGGACAUAUUUGAUGAAAAGCUUCACCCUCUCUCAAAAUCGGAGGUGCCGUUGGACUAUGACCAACAUGACCCAGAGCAGAAGCAGAUCUACAGGUUCGUCAGGACAUUGUUCAGUGCUGCACAGCUCACUGCUGAGUGCGCCAUCGUUACACUGGUCUACCUGGAGAGGCUCCUGACCUAUGCAGAGAUUGAUAUCUGUCCAGGGAACUGGAAGAGGAUUGUUCUGGGUGCUAUCCUGCUGGCCUCCAAGGUCUGGGAUGAUCAGGCUGUCUGGAAUGUUGACUACUGCCAGAUCCUUAAAGAUAUCACUGUGGAGGACAUGAAUGAAUUGGAGCGCCAGUUUCUGGAGCUGUUACAGUUCAACAUCAAUGUGCCGUCCAGUGUCUAUGCCAAGUAUUACUUUGACCUGCGAUCACUCUCAGAGUCCAACAACCUCAGCUUCCCCCUGGAGCCACUCAGCAGGGAGAAGGCCCAAAAGCUAGAGGCUAUUUCCAGGCUUUGUGAUGACAAGUACAAAGAUGUACGGAGAGCUGCCAGGAAGCGUUCGGCAAGCAUGGACAAUCUAUGUGGAAUCAGAUGGGUUCCUGCAAUUCUCUCCUAACCACCAAGAAACUGCCAUAUGCUGAACACUGGCAUCAGGCUACAGACACUAACCAGAUGAAAGAACUCUACAAGCACAGAUGGUUCUGUGCUGAGUUCAAGAACUUCAGUUUGGAAACUCAGAUAAUACCAAGACAUGGAGCUUAGUGGCACAGUGACUGAAACGUGAAAUCAACCUCCGGACCUCACACCUUCAAACUGGAGGCAAGGAAUUCCCAUGAAUUGUCAGUAGGUUUGGAAAAUGCGCUGAGCUCCAGAGAAAUUUCUAACUUAACCUGAUGCCUUCACAGUGCCUCAACUCAGCAAUGAAAGAGAGAAGGGAGUUCCUGGUUAUUAUGUCACCAGUGGAGAAAAAUCAAGCUUUGGACCACAAAGGAAGUCUUGGCUACAGAGCCUUCAAACGUCUUCAGAUGGCAGUGUGAACCUGCCUUAAUGUAAAGACACUCUGCUCAGUUUUCUGGCUUUGUCUGACUAAUCUGUUUUCAGGUUGUCUGUCCUGAAGAUUUGACAUAACCUGCCUUUCAGAUGGCCCUGGAACAUUACAAUGAAACAUAUUAUUUAUUUUACCCUGUUAUUUGAAUUUUUCAGCAGUCACAGCUGCCUGAUCCCUAACUGCAGUAUUUCAAAAACAGUAGCAUAGCACUGGACUUUGUACUGAUUAUUUAUUUCCUUUGACAGAUCUUAGAAUAAUAAAAGUGUUAGCAAGUUUUCUUCUCUGGAAAUCUUUGUAUUCAAGGUUUACAGUAUUUCUAGUGUACCUCUUGUUACUCAGGUAGUCUGUUUAGUACCUUAAUUGAUUUUGAUGCUCCUCAUUUGAAUUAUAUUGAGGGUUGAAACAUAAAUUAUGAUAAGUGACAAGCAAACUGCAGAUGAAAGAGUGAUCGGUACAGUCCUGUCUUAGGGACAUGCACAAUCAAACGCUUGAAACCACAUUAUUGUAUGACAUGAAAUAUAUAUCAGAUCAUGGUUCCCUGAGGUUCUGAUACAGUAUUCAUCAGAUUUUGGUUAUAUCUUAAUGUCAAUUUGUUAAUAGUUUUAAACUGUUUAUCAAACACAAUUUUUCCUGAAGUCAAGUUGAAUUUUGGAUGCCCCUUAGAGGCUUUGAGUAGAGUAAGUGCAUCUCUCUGCUGACACCUAGUGGAUAUUUAAGGUCAGUUCCCCCAAAUUCCAAAUUCUUCAUGGAGGGGAUUUUUUUUUCCUUCACUGAAUGACUUGCUGUUUGUUUUUGCUUUCAUAGAUUCAUUAGUAGAACAUGGUUCCAAAACUAACAAAUGGGCAAAUAAAACCAAAACAACCUGCAGGAGUAGAUAUCACGAGGUGUACGCAAGAGACUAUUUGAACUGACAAGGCACAAUGCACAAAGAAUGGGGGCUACUGAUUGGAACAAAGCAGGGUUAUUUUGCACUUGUACUACAAGUAUUCAGCACCAAACUCAACCUCAAUUUAAGAGUUAAAAAAAAAAAAAUCAACCUCAAACCAACAGAUUAAUCACAACCAACAGCUGGGUAUACAGUUCUGACAAGCACACUCUAAAGGGGGAUACUGAUCCAUAGAGAAUAUGAGAAGGCCACACAGCACUGCACAGUUUUUCUUUAUUUAGUGUUAUAAAUCCAGAUAAUUAUACAUUAUAUCCACAGGAAAUUUGGAAAAUCUUAAACAAAAAAAAUCUCCAGUCUCAUAAGUCUCAUGCUCCAUGGCUGCUGCCCCAGAGUCUUCACAGUGCUAUCACACUGAAACAUUUGUUCAUGCAAAAAACUCUGGACGCUAAUAUGUACUUUGCUAAGGAAAAGGGAACAAAGUUAACUUCUCAACAGCAGACUUAACCAAAGAAAACUGUACAAAUGUUAUCACAUUAUAAGACCUCUGUCAAGUAGUUGUUACAGAUAUGAUCACCACAAUCAUUAGAGUGUUAACAACAACAAUACCAGUGUAUUCUGGAUUAAAGCACUAGCCACAAUGUAUCUUACAAAUUCCAAAAUGGUCAAAAUCAAUAAAAGGAUACAAAAUAAGUCACUUAGGAUGUGUGUUGAUUUAGCACACAAGACAGAUGUUAAUUGCCUUUACAUUUCUGUUGAUAUUUGGGUAUGUUAACUAGACAGGAAUAGGAAACAUAUGAAUGAUUUUAGUGCACUUGUACUUUUUUCAGUCUCAAUAUAAAGUUUAUUUAAUAAACCCUGACUGCUGAGCCAAGAACUUAAUAGUAUUGAAUCUGCUGACAAAUGUAUUAUUUUGUAUUUCGAUUGUGCAUCUAAUUUCAACAUAAUUGCUACUGGAAAAUAACUGAUCAGGUUUUCAUGUUUUUUCUCAUUUGUCUGAAAACUGGAGCACUACACUGAUUUUGCUAAUUAACUUUGUACAGUGUAUAAAGAGUUCAGAAACUGAGACAGGUCAAUUGUAAAUUAUUUAUGGACUUGUUUUGUGUUUUUAAUAAAAUGCUCUUGUCUAAUAA